GACAUGCAUGCACAUUGCCCCUAUUUGUUUUGAUUUUUCUCCCAAGACGCCACACUAUGCAGAAUCAGGUCAAUCCAUCAAUCACUCACUCACUUACACUAACACAGACUUAACAAAUCAUACUAUACCAUCUUCUUUAAUAUGUUGGGCUGUGGGCCUUUGGGAUGAUAGAUGAGAACAAAAACAAAGCAAGGGGCAGGAAGGAGAAACAGAACACUGUUUGUUGUUAGUGGAAGUCUCUGUUCACUCAUCUCAAUCCCAUUCUUUGCCCCCAUUUAAGCCCUCCCAAACACCAUCCCCUUCCUCUUUCCUUGCCUUGCCUUGCCUUGAGCACCAUAGUCCAGAGGUCUUGAGCGUUUCUCCUCCUCUCCCAAAUCUAUAGGUGGCUUGCACACAUAAAAUUUCUAGCUGCCCCAGUGAGUGAAAAAAAGUCCAAAGCUCUCUCUCCUCCAGCUCUCAUUGAGGGGGACAAACAAAGGAGUGUGCAAGAGGAUAAGCAAGAACAAGUUUUUUUGGUCCUAGCUAGUUUAUUGUAAAUCAAUCAGCUGCUUGUGUCUGUCCUGGUGCACACAAGAGCCAGAGAAGAAUACAAACACAUACACACUCUCACACUUACCCAUAGAAAGUUCCGUACGGACAAAUCAUACACGUCCAGUUCCUUCCGUGUAAGUAAUGGCCAGGAUCCAGUCCACCAUCUGCUGCUCUAUCCACAACAUUUAGCCAAAUACCCAGAAGAAAGAGGGAGGGUGAAAGAGGGUAACUCGCAAUUCUUUGUCUCCGCGAAGUUUUAGUUCGCUGUUCUCCAAUCCUUGUGAGUUGUCAGCUGAUCGAAGUGUUCCUUCUCUGUUGGGUGUGGCCCGGCUACACGUUUUCGAUUGUUUGGCAGGGAAUUGGAUCGAGCCGUUCUACUUGUCUACUCACUUCGCUCUCUUCCUUGGAAUGUGGUGGCCAGCAACAGCACGGGUACGAGUAGAAGAAGAAAAAGAAGGAAGGAGUGGAAGGCUUCCAAGUGUUGUUCAACAAGGGGUACUUUGCCGGCAAGGAGCGUCGUGAUCUCGCCGACCACCAAGGUCACCGCUUGAUGAUCGCGAUCGAGGAAGGCUCUACAUGAUGGUGCCACUGUUCCUCGUCCGGCAAUGGGAUCUCUAGGAGCAGUGGUCUACGGCGGGGGUGGAUCGACGAGAGGUGAGUGCGGUGGAGUGACGGAGGAGCUAGCGUCAACCAUGUUCAUCGAGAGCGAUCUCUUCCUCGCCGACCCCAUCGCCGACUGGCAGCAGCAGCAACAGCAGCAGCAAUCCAUCUUCGACUCCAAGGAUUGGGGAUCCAUCAAUUCGCAGGCGCAGGACCACCACCUCUACAUCGACCCGUGCUGCGAUUUCGGGGACGUGUUCGGCGGCAAUGGACUCCAGACAACGCCGAUUUCGGUGCUGGAUUACGUCCACGAGCAGCAGCAGCAGCACUACCACAGCAGUGAUUUCGAUAGUGGGUUCUUUGAGAGGGAUCAGGACGACGCUAUGGAGAUUCAGGAGCUCCUGGCGGGUUUCACGCAGCAGGGCCAUGGCAUGAUACAAUUGCCCAAGCGGGCGCCAGGCGAAUUGGAGAUCGAGCGCCUGGCCGGCGAGCUGGCCGGCGAGAUCGACAGCAGCAGCAGCAGUGCCGCCAGUCCCCCGGGACAGAUGUCGUCAAGCUCUUUACCACCCCUGACACCAGUCUCGGCACGGGCGCAGGUCCCGCAACAGGGCAUUUCCUUGCCGGUGGCAAACCCCCGGCUGUCCAGCGUCUCCCAAGGUUCGUGUUUCAAUCCUAGGACUCCUCCCCCUCACCCAAGGACUCCGCAGCUCAGCCCGGGCUCCACCACCACUAGCGUCUGCGUCCAGUCGGAGCAGCGGGCUUUCAUCAACCCAAAGCUGGAAGAACUCGAUUACCAUCACCACCGUCACCACCACCCCCAAGAACAUCACCAAGAACAUCAGCAGCUAGUGAUCCAACCCAUGAAGCAAGAGAUGGUGGCAUUGGGUGGCGGGGGGGUUUCCAGGGCAGGAGGAGGAGAUUACAACAGCAAUCACCACCACCACCUUGGUCAACAGCAGCAGCAGCAGCAGCAGCAGCGACACCAUAGCAACAACUUUCCCAAAUUCGAGCCCGUGGACCAGCAGCUCCGCCUCGUCCGGAUGCUCCUCAGCUGCGCCGGCGCUGUGGCCAUCGACAACCUCGACCUCGCCCGCGCCAUUCUCGUCCAGCUCCGCGCGCUGGUCGUCCCCCACGGCAGCCCCAUGCAGCGGCUAGCCUCGUACGUGACCGAGGCCCUGGUGGCGCGCCUCAGCCGCAACACCCGCUCCUCCCACUUCCAGGGCCUCAUCGCCGACCACAGCCUCCAGCAGCUGAGCAGCGCCACGCGCAGCGACAUGCUCGAGGCCUUUUGGGUCUUCUACGAGUACAUUCCCAUCGGCAAGUUCACGCACCUCACCAUGAACCAGAUCCUGCUCGAGGCCGCCGACCGCGAGCGCGCCAUCCACGUCGUCGACUUCCAGGUCUGGUAUGGCGCGCAGUGGCCCUCCUUCCUCCAGUCGCUGGCCAUGCGCCCCGGCGGCCCGCCCGUCGUGCGCAUGACCGCCGUUGGCUCCUCGCUGCGUGACCUCCAGGAGGCCGGGAGCAAGCUUCUCGACUGCGCCCGAUCGCUGGGGGUGCCCUUCGAGUACUGCAUUCUCAGAGUGGAGCUCGAGGAGUUCCACGCCGGGAUGGUGGAGCUCCGGGAUGGCGAGGCGGUGCUCGUCAACAGCCUGUGCCAGUUCCACCGGUUCCUCAAGCGUGACCUCGACCAGUUCCUGCAGGGGCUGCGCUCGCUGCGGCCGAGGCUGGUGGUGAUGGCCGAGAACGACGCGGAUCACAAUAGCCCCGAUUUCAUGCACCGCUUCAUGGCCUGCCUCCACUACUACUCGGCCGUGUUUGACGCGUUCGAUGCGUCGCUACACAUGCCUGGGACGCUCCCCGGGCGGAAGAAACUCGAGGAGCUCAUCGCGGCGCAGAAGCUGCGCAACAUGAUCGCGUGCGAGGGUAGCGAGCGCGUGGAGCGGCACGAGUCAAUGCGGGCGUGGAACGCCAGGAUGGAGGGCGUGGGCUUCCGAGCCGUGUCCAUGAGCCACAAGGCGAUCAACCAGGCCAGCCUUCUUCUCAAGCUCUACUACUCGGAUGGAUAUACGCUGACGAACCAGGAGGGGUUCUUGAUCCUAGGGUGGCGGGGAAUGCCGCUCAAUGGCGUUGGGGCUUGGAUCUGAGCUGGGUUUGGUUUCCAGGGCGGGAUGACGACAACAAGAAAGUAUAACGACUAGGCACAACUGACAAAGACACAUGCGGCAUUUUCCCAGGCUGGGCAUUUGCUGGAGGGAUUUUCACACAACAUGACUUGUACGAUCGAAGGAGGGGGAGAUUUGUGUUCGUGUGCAUCGUGAGUGUGUUGUAAAAAAAGAUGGUAGACACACAAGAGGGAAAGCUAGCUUUCAGUAAUGUGUUGGAAAAGGAAAAAUUUUGGAGAAUAAACAUGGUUGGAUUGAUGAUC